AUGAGUCUCACCGCUAAGGACAAGAAAAUGGUCAAGGCCUUCUGGGCCAAGGUGGCCGGCAAGGCUGAAGACAUCGGCUGUGAUGCUCUGUCUAGGAUGCUGGUUGUGUACCCCCAGACCAAAACCUACUUCUCCCACUGGAAGGACCUGAGCCCCGGCUCUGCCCCAGUCAGGAAGCACGGUGGGACCAUCAUGGGAGGCAUCAGUUUAGCCGUGGCUAGCAUCGACGACAUCAGCGCAGGUCUCCUCGCCCUCAGCGAGCUGCACGCCUUCCAGCUGCGUAUCGAUCCUGCCAACUUCAAGAUCCUCUCCCACAACAUCUUGGUGGUGCUGGCUGUCUUGUUCCCCAAUGAUUUCAACCCCGAGGCUCAUGUGGCCAUGGACAAGUUCCUGGCCGCAGUGGGCCGGGCUCUGUCUGAGAAGUACCGAUAA